CGGAGAAGGGUCAGCCGCGGCGGCACCGGCGACAGCGGCGCAGAUCCGCUCCCCGCGCGUCUCCAGUCCCCGCGCCCAGGCAGUCCCCGCCGCCGGGAUGCGGACGCCCGGCCACCGCCGCCGCCGCCUCGCAGUCUCAGCACUGCUCUCGCUCCUCACCUGCUCCCUGGCUUUUGCUUUGGUUUCUGAAGAUCUAAAGAAAGAGGUCAAGCAGUCUAAGAAUUUGGAGAAAACUGGUAUAUCAAGGAAAAAUGACAUUGAUUUAAAAGGAAUUGUAUUUGUCAUCCAGAGUCAAAGUAAUUCUUUCCAUGCAAAGAGAGCAGAACAAUUAAAAAAAAGCAUCUUAAAACAGGCUGCAGACCUUACACAGGAACUCCCCACAGUCCUCCUCCUUCAUCAGCUGGCUAAGCAGGAAGGUGCAUGGACCAUACUCCCGUUGUUACCACAUUUUUCUGUGACAUAUAGCAGAAAUUCAUCGUGGAUCUUCUUCUGUGAAGAAGAGACAAGAAUACAAAUUCCAAAACUCUUAAAUACACUCAGAAGAUAUGACCCAUCAAAGGAAUGGUUUUUAGGAAAAGCAUUAUAUGAUGAAGAAUCUACAAUAAUUCACCAUUAUGCCUUUUCUGAAAAUCCAACAGUUUUUAAGUACCCAGACUUUGCUGCUGGCUGGGCCCUUAGUAUUCCACUUGUAAACAGGCUUACGAAGAGAUUGAAGAGUGACUCCCUCAAAUCUGACUUUACGAUAGAUUUAAAACAUGAGAUUGCCCUCUACAUCUGGGACAAAGGCACUGGCCCUCCCCUUACUCCAGUGUCUGAGUUUUGUACAGAUGCUGUGGAUGCCUCCUGUGCUACAACAUUUCACUCCUUUCUACCACUUUGUGGAAAUCCAGUGAAGAAGGAAGACAUUUUUGUUGCAGUAAAAACAUGCAAGAAAUUUCAUGGUGAUAGAAUACCUAUUGUGAAGCAGACUUGGGAAAGCCAAGCGAGUUUCAUUGAAUACUACAGUGAUCAUGCAGAAAGUUCGAUUCCUACAGUGGAUUUAGGAAUUCCUAAUACAGAGAGAGGUCAUUGUGGAAAGACAUUUGCCAUUUUGGAAAGAUUUUUGAAUCAUAGCUAUGACAAAAUAGCAUGGUUAGUCAUUGUGGAUGAUGAUACUUUAAUAAGCAUCCCCAGGCUCCGGCAUUUGCUCAGCUGUUACGACUCCGGAGAAGCUGUGUUCCUGGGAGAGCGCUACGGUUACGGUCUGGGCUCGGGCGGCUACAGUUACGUCACCGGCGGAGGCGGAAUGGUCUUCAGUAGAGAAGCCAUCAAGAGACUUCUGGCCAGUAAUUGUCGCUGCUACAGCAAUGAUGCUCCUGAUGAUAUGGUCCUCGGAAUGUGCUUUAGUGGGCUCGGAGUCCCUGUGACACACAGUCCUCUCUUCCAUCAGGCUCGGCCCGUGGAUUACCCUAAGGACUACCUUUCUCACCAAGUUCCCAUAUCAUUCCACAAACACUGGAACAUUGAUCCAGCGAAGGUAUAUUUCACGUGGUUGGCACCCAGUGAGGAAGACAGCGCCGGACAGGAGACACAAAAAGGCUUUAAAGAAGAAUUAUAAAGUGUGGUGAGCAGAGUUUGGGUAGUAAAAACAGCAGAGACUGACUUUAUCCUUCUGGGCUGUGGUCACGCUCAAGGAGUGCCAUGUGGCAUUGGGAGCUUCCUAAUUGAGGUAGAAAUUCUGUAUAUGGUACUUUUGUGGGGGUAAGAAAAGGAGUCAUGGGGUUUUUUUUGUUUUGUUUUUCUGGGAAAACUCACUUGCUUUUCCAUUAUACAGUUAUUGUAAUACACUGUUUUUGUGUAUUACAUCGUGUUGACUGUGUAUUCAAGCUGUUCCACAGAAAAAUAAUUGGUACCAGAAGUCUCCUUUCUGUUCACUGCCUUCAUUAUAAUGAAGAUUUCAGUUGGUCAUGAGACUGGGGAGAGACGACUGUCCAUCAUCUUGUAUAUGGAAAAGGGAAAGGACUCAGUACAAAGACUAGUACAGUGUGAACUUUUUAAACCAUAACUUUGGUAAUGACAAUUAUUGUCUGGUGACUCAGUAGCAAUAAUGCUGUAUUAUGGAUCAUUCAUGAAACCUCAUAACAGUCUAGAUAUGCACUCCCUUGUUAUCAAUAAUCAGGGCUGUUAUGUUUCAUCCAUUUUUUUGUUUGUGCCUCAUAAAAAAGAAAAUAAGUCUUUGACGAGAGCUUUCUGUUUCUUUAGCGGUUCAUCUGCAUUCUCUUUCUCCCUGAAGCCCUAUCUUUAUGACCUACUUGUAACAUGAAAGUGUAAUGGAUGAUGCCAGGAAAUAGUCUCCUCAAUAUUUAAAAACAAUGUUGUGUUUUAUUCAAGCCAGUGAACACCAUGUCAGUCUCAGGAAGUGAAUUAAUUUGUACCCAUGCUUUACUUUUAUUUUUCUUUGAAAUUACUUAAUGACUCUCCUGACUCAGAAUAGGCCUCCCAUCCCCCAGAGUACCAUGCAACCCUAGGAAAAGAACAGCAUGGUGAUUUGGCAGUUUUCCUGAGUUCUUAAUGAAUGACAUUUCACAAAACAUAGUAUUUUGAAACAGCUCUAAUUUUC